AAAAAUGUGUGCUGGUAAAGGGUAUAAGUUAGGUAUGAUAACUAGAUAAAAAGGAGAGGAUGGGACAGUUGUAUCAGUGAAACCCGAGGGACUCACAGUACAAUUCCCUCAUCUUUUCCUCGGCUCUUUGGUGAUCAAAUCGAAUUGACUCGAGUCACGGAAGUCGCGCUGAAGAAUACAAAUAUACUGCAAUAACUUUUGUAUUGAUUUGGUAAAUUUCUACAUCGACCAGAAUGGUUGAGCUGAAGUUUCUUGGAAUGGAUUUUAGCUGUGCGUUGGGAUCACUAAGCAGAGGUGAAUUCCCAGAAAAGGACUGUUUGCUUCCGCUGAUAUCAAAGCUUCUUGGUUACUGCAUCGUCGCGGCCUCUACCACUGUGAAACUCCCUCAGAUACAGAUAAUUUUGAAACACAAGAGCAUCAGGGGACUAAGCGUUGUGGCCUUCGAACUUGAGGUUGUUGGUUAUACCAUUGCUUUGGCAUACUGUCUACACAAAGGGCUUCCAUUUUCAGCAUAUGGGGAGUUGGCAUUCCUUCUGGUCCAAGCCAUAAUUCUAGUUGCAAUUAUCUACUAUUUUUCUCAACCAAUGGGAACCAAGACCUGGAUCAGGGCAUUAAUAUACUGUGCUGUAGCACCUACUAUCUUAGCCGGUCAAAUCGAUCCCCUUCUUUUUGAAGCUUUAUAUGCAUCACAACAUGCAAUUUUUUUCUUUGCAAGGGUUCCACAGAUUUGGGAAAACUUUAAGAACAAAAGCACGGGGGAGCUUAGCUUGUUGACCUCCUUAAUGAAUUUUGGAGGUUCCAUGGUGAGAGUUUUCACCAGCAUGCAGGAAAAGGCACCAAUGAGUGUCAUUCUGGGCUCUGUGAUUGGAAUCAUGACUAAUGGUACAAUCCUAAGUCAAAUAAUCUUAUACCAAAAGCCACCUGCAAAGAAAGAAAAUAAAACAGAUUAGAGAACUGAGAUUGGCACCUCAGAAAAUUUGGAUCAGUUUCGACAUCAACACUAGUCUUGUACUGUAAGUCAAGCUCCUUGGAAGGAGGCAAAUAACAUCUUUAUCCAGAUCAAGAUUGUAACCACAUGAUUCAGCUUUUAUCCUUCAUUAGAUAAAAUGUCUCCUUAUUAGAGUUGAAAGUCAGUUCUUUAACCUUGGGUUUUAGAUUAUUUUUACUUGAGCAGGCACUACUAUUUUAGUUUCAGAUUCUUUACAACAUAGAUGCUGAUACUAGAUGUAACGAAUAUGUUUCUUUUACAGUUUCGUGGUUCUCUCUAUUCUGUUGUGAUAUGACAAUCGAGCACAAGUUGUGCCAUAUAUUUCUUGUUUUUUCCAUUUUAGUGGUUGGUGUAAAGGUUUUGGAAUUA